AUGCAGGAGAGAUUACAGCCCGCCUUUGGGUCGACUCAGAAGAUGCAGGAGAGAUUACAGCCCGCCUUUGGGUCGACUCAGAAGAUGCAGGAGAGAUUACAGCCCGCCUUUGGGUCGACUCAGAAGAUACAGGAGAGAUUACAGCCCGCCUUUGGGUCGACUCAGAAGAUGCAGGAGAGAUUACAGCCCGCCUUUGGGUCGACUCAGAAGAUGCAGGAGAGAUUACAGCCCGCCUUUGGGUUGACUCAGAAGAUGCAGGAUGAGAUUGAGGUGGUUCUUGAGCAGUCUCAAAUGCCUCUUGGCCUCCACCCGGUCGAACCCGGCAGUGCUUUGGAUCAGCACAGGGGAGUGCAAUUGCAGCAGCUUAGGUUCGACACGUGGCAGUGGCAGAACCCAAGCGCGGUCGCUCACAUGCAGCAGGAUCUGAACGCGCAGAAGGGCUCUCACCACGGUCCAAUGCACGGGAUGCAAGUGCCAAGCUUUGAGGCGCCUCCCGCGUCUGCCGCCACAAGCACGUUCCCCACCCUGCCUGCUUUGGAGCAGCACGAGGCGCCGCAGCUGACGCAGAUGCAAGCAUGUGCUCCUGCUGUACUUUCUUCUACCACUGACGUCACCACUGGCACCACUGACAUCACCACUGGCAUCACUGACAUCACUGACGUCACCACUGGCACAGCUGACGUCAUCACUGGCGUCACUGACGUCACCACUGGCAUCACUGACGUCACCACUGCUGUCACUGAUGUUACGGCUGGUGUGACGGAUGGCGUUGGUGGUACCACUGCUGAAGCUGAUGUCAUUCCUCUCCCUGAGCAUAGCAUUCCUUCUUGGGGGAACGCCCUUCAUGCCCCGUGUGCCCCUUUUGCUGGUUCGGGUAUCCGCCCUCCUGCAAAGCAUGAACCAGCUUGUCAAGGCGAGGCGUGGAUGGAUCCACCAAAUAUUGAUGUUGCCACGUCAGCAGCACCCAAUGGUGCUGACGUGUCAGCAUGUGGUGGUGGCACCACAUCAGGCUGCGAAACCACUGCCUUUCAGCAGCAGAAAGCAUCAUGGAAGCAUAUGCCAGGCGAGGAUUUCAGGGAUUAUCGUCUGCAGCACAUGACCCACUCCCAGCAGCAUUUGCACCGCAAUCAGCCACAGCAGCAGCACCUUCAGCAAGCUGUUUCGGUCGAAGCAGCAGGUUACAUGGUGGAUGGUGGUGGGGGCGGCGGAAACCGCAGGAAUAGCAGCAGCUGGAGGUGCACCCACAGCAGCACUGUCGAUUCUGUGGAAUCUGGAACUGGUACCUUGGCUGCUACUUGUAAAGACUUUGCCAACGUUUUGCGGUAUGAUCGAUUUGGUCGACGUAACAGCACUACCAGCAGUGGUGGCAGCAUGAGCAGUUUGGGUUGCUCUGUGGCGGGAUCAUCACCGCAUGAUGAGGCUGAUGUGGCUGUCAGAUUGGAAGCUUCUGUUGCUGAUGUGUCGUUGGAUGAGCUGUAUUUGGCUCAACAAGACAUCAGCAUGAUGUGCCAAGUCACUGCGCAGAAUUUUAACAACCCAGAAGUGAUUUGCACACUGGUUGUGCAAGGUUGUGACGAUAUUGAUAGUAUUUUGUCUGAUUGUCUAGGAGAGGUGAUCGAGUAG